UCAUGCCUAUAAUCUCAGCCCUUGGGAUAGAGGCAGGAGGAUCAGCCAGUCUAGGUACGUGAGAUCCUGUCUCCCACAAAGUCCAGUUUUCCUGCUGUUCCCCUGCACUGUCCACCUCUUCCUGCUACCUCCAGACCUCCCACGGGACCAGAGUCUGACUUAGGCCCCUGUUGAUUCCUCAGGUUACAACAGCACUUCCCUCCUAGUCCCUUCAACCUUCAGGCCGGAAAGCUGGGCCCAUUGCAGGUGUCUCAUUACCACUUCUAUCCCAGCCCCGAGCCUGGGAACCUGCCUGCUUCCUCCUCCUCAAGCCUCCCAGGCAAGGUCCUCCUGGAAGCAGCUCCUGUUACCACAUUUUGUAACUAGAACCGACAGCACUGCCCCCUCCCUACCUCACCAGGAAAGCAUCAGGGACUGCAGAGCCUCCCAGGACAGGCCAGAGCCUCCUCCCAGCAGCACCAGUCAGGAAGCAUCACCAUAGCAACCCUAGCAGCAAACAAUGGUACCAGAAAGGGCUUUUCCCCAAAGCCUCCCCUCCUGGCUCUGUGGCUCGGAGGAAGAAUGGCCAGCAGCUGGAAAAGAUCACCCCAAAGGCCAUCCGUGAAAGAUGUAUCUCAUGUCAGGGAGCCUUUCCUGCAGAUGGUCCAUGCCAGAGAAUCCUUCCCCACCUCCCAGACUUGGACUCAGCGUGAGUUCCUCCUGCCUAAAGAGGCAAAGGAGUUGCCAGGCUUCACCCGGCAAGCCUACCACAAGCUGGCCCUGAAGCAGCCACCACACACAGAGAUGAAGUCUAAAGUCCAUCACCAGGCGCUCUAUCCUUGGAAGGAUGCAGCCCAGCAUACCUGGGGCUUUCACACAUGGCUUGAUGUGGGACGUCUGCCUGCCACCUUCCCCACCAGGCCAGACAAACCCUAUGACAGCAAUGUCUGGCGCAGCUUGACUUACUCCGAUGCCCACCGUCUCCCAGCUGCUGCCAUCCCUCCGCCCUCCUGGAUGGGCCCACACAGCUUCCUGACCUUCAUCAGUGCUACCCCCAUCUUCGUGGACAUGAACAGAAAGAACCAAGUGAUUCUGAGAACAGUGAGAGAGCUGAAGGAGGUGGAGAAACUCAAGUUGAGGAGUGAACAAAGGGCCCCUCCACUCGAUGCCCAUGGCAAUAUUCUGCCCCCACCACACUUCAAGAAGUAAGCUCCCCGCUUCCCAGGCAGUGAUCCUGCCGGUGUUCACAUGCCCCCUCCCACCUCUCCAUUCCUGUUUCUGGUAUCUAAUUUUCUUCUCCAAAUUUCCCACUCACAGUCACCGGAAACUUUGUUUCAUGCAGCUGGAACCCAUGGCCUUGCGAGCAAUAAGUGUUCUGCCAUGGGGCCACACUCCCAACUGCUGCCUGAAAGUUGCUGGCCAGGUGGUGCAGGCAGGGUGGGGGGACAGCCCAUGGAAAGGCACUUCAUUACUUAACUAAAAAUGUGAAUUUAACAUCUGCUUGGCCUAGGGAUACUGAGAAACGUAAUUUAGUCCCUGGCUUCAAAAGAUAGAAGAGACAGCAACAAAACCACACUCUACCUGCAAAGCACCCAAAGUGUGUGUGAGAGAUGGUAGGUGUCAUUAUUGUAUUUCUUUUGUUCUGUUGAGGCAGGAUAUCACUAUAUAGUCCAGGCUGGCCUUGACCGGCAAUUCUCUGGCCUGUCUUUUGAGUGCUAGGAUUACAUAUGUAUGCCAUCAUGCCUGGCUGUCAUUUUUUUCUUUUUCAAGUUUUUAAAAAAAUUAUGUAUAUGAGUGUUUUGCCUGAAUGUAUGUCUGUACACCACAAGCGUGCCUGAUGCCUGAGGAAGCCAGAAAAAGCUGUUGGGUUCCCUGGAACUAGAGUUAGAGACAGUUGAGAGCGGCCAUGUGAGUGCUGGGAAUUGAACCUGGGUCCUCUGAGAAAGCAGCUAGUGCUCUUAACCACUGAGACAUCUCCAGGCCCUCCCUCUUUCUUCUUUCUUUCCCUUCCUCCCUCCCUUCCUUCCUUUCUUCUUUUCUCUUCCCCCUUCUUUUCCUCUUUUUAAACAAGGCGAAUACAGAAUGUAUUAUGUGCUUGAGGCACAAGAGUAUUAAACCUCCAGUAAAAUCCACCCCCCCCCCUUUAAAGCUGGAGUCUUAUGUAGCCAAGACUGGCCUUGAACUCAUGAUUCUCCUGCCUUCACCUCCAAAGAUCCAGAUUAGAGGCAUAUACCACCACAUCUGGCCAGUAAAGUUCAUUAUUAACAGAGGAAGCAGAAGUGAAACCUGGCAUCAGAAUUAAGUCCAGGGAGUAUCAUUUUGACAAGUGGUUUGGUUUCUCCAGGGUCAAUUGGUAAAGGAGGAUCAUGGAC